AUGGCCCCGUCUCGCCACCGCCUCCUCCUCCUCGCCGUCGCCGCCACCAUUGCCGCAGCGCUCCUAGCUGCCGCGGAGAACAAAAUGACCGACGCGGAGGCGCUGAUGCAGCUCAAAACGUCCUUCACCAACUCCUCGUCGCUCUCGUCGUGGCUCAUCACCGACAAGGAAGGCAGCAAGUCCCCCUGCGCGCCGGGCUCCCACCACUGGCAUGGCGUGGUGUGCUCCGGCGGAGCCGUCACCGGCCUCCGCCUCAACGGCCUCAAGCUCGGCGGCACCAUCGAGGUCAACUCGCUCUCCAGCUUCCCGCGCCUCAGGUCCAUCUCCUUCGCCAGGAACAACUUCUCCGGCCCACUCCCCGCCUUCCACCAGGUCAAGGCGCUCAAGUCCAUGUUCCUCUCCGACAACCAGUUCUCCGGCAGCAUCCCCGACGACUUCUUCGCCAGCCUCAGCCACCUCAAGAAGCUCUGGCUCAACGGCAACCAGCUCUCCGGCUCCAUCCCAGCUUCCAUCUCACAGGCCACGUCCCUCCUCGAGCUCCACCUCGAUCGCAACGCCUUCACCGGGGAGCUCCCCGCCGUGCCGCCGCCGGCGCUCAAGUCGCUCAACGUAUCUGACAAUGACCUCGAGGGCGUCGUCCCGGAGGCGUUCCGGAAGUUCAACGCCAGCAGGUUCGACGGCAACGAGUACCUCUGCUUCGUGCCGACCCGCGUGAAGCCGUGCAAGCGCGAGGAGCAGGUCGCGACCACCAGCUCGUCCAGCCGGGCUGCCAUGGUGCUCGCCGCGCUGCUUCUCUCGGCCGUCGUCAUGGUCGUCGCCCUGCGCUUGUGCUGCUGCAGCCGUGCCCGCAAGCUCGACAUGGACGGCCUCCAAGUCGAGGAGAAGAAGCCGCCCGCCGUCAAGCAGGCGCAGGCGCAGUCGGCGUCGUCGGCACCGCAGAAGCGGAGCUCCUCGUGGCUCGGGAAGAGGGCAGGGUCGUCGCUUGGCGGGUUUGGACACCGGCGUGCCGCCUCUGCCGCCAAGGUGGACGAUCUGAGCAGCAGGUCCGGCGGGGAUCUGGUGAUGGUGAACGAAAGCAAGGGCGUGUUCGGGCUCACCGACCUGAUGAAGGCGGCCGCCGAGGUGAUCGGGAGCGGCGGCGGCGGGCUCGGGUCGGCGUACAAGGCGGUGAUGGCCAACGGCGUGGCCGUGGUGGUGAAGCGCUCCCGCGACAUGAACCGCACGACCAAGGACGCGUUCGAAGCCGAGAUGAAGCGGCUGGGCGCGAUGCGCCACGCCAACCUGCUGCCGCCGCUGGCGUACCACUACCGCAAGGACGAGAAGCUGCUGGUGUACGAGUACAUCCCCAAGGGCAGCCUGCUGUACGUCCUCCACGGCGACCGGGGCAUGGACUACGCGGCGCUGGACUGGCCGACGAGGCUCAGGGUGGCCGUCGGCGUCGCGCGCGGCACGGCGUUCCUCCACACGGCGCUCGCCGGCCACGAGGCGCCCCACGGCAACCUCAAGUCGUCCAACGUCCUCCUCGCGCCGGACUUCGAGCCGCUCCUCGUCGACUUCGGCUUCUCGGGCCUCAUCAGCCACAUGCAGUCCCCGAGCUCCCUGUUCGCGUACCGCGCCCCCGAGUGCGUCGCCGGCCACCCCGUGAGCGCAAUGGCCGACGUCUACUGCCUCGGCGUCGUCCUCCUCGAGCUCCUCACCGGCAAGUUCCCGUCGCAGUACCUCCAGAACGCCAAGGGCGGCACGGACCUCGUCAUGUGGGCGACGUCGGCGAUGGCCGACGGCUACGAGCGGGACCUGUUCGACCCGGCACUCAUGGCGGCGUGGAAGUUCGCGCUGCCGGACAUGACGCGCCUCAUGCAGGUGGCGGUGGACUGCGUCCAGACGGACCUGGAGAAGCGGCCGGAGAUGAAGGAGGCCUUGGCGAGGGUGGAGGAGGUGGCGGCGACGGCUUUAGCCAGGGUGAGGGAGAGGCCGCCGCAAGCUGAGAGCGGCGGCGAGGGCCAGGGGAGUGCGCCGCCGUCGGCAGACUCGGCUAGCAGAAGCUCGCACACCUCGUACGUGCGAGAAGGGUCGAUGCAGCGGAUCACAAGCGUCGGCGAGCGGUCCUUGCGGCGAGGAAGCAACGACCCCUCGUACGGGUACGGCAUCUCGUGAGACGACGACAUGCAGGGCAUGCAGCUAGUGGGCCAGUCAGAUUUUGCGAGUCAACCAUUUUGCUCCCUUUUGGUGCAGUUUGUAUCUAUGUCCUGCUCAAUGUAGCUUGAACAAUGUCCAACUAGCAACCAGAAGUGAAUUGUACAGAAGAA